AUCCAUUGCUGAGCUUGACGCGGGCGAGAGAAAGCUACUCGAGAGCGGAUACACAAAGGGAGCGGAGGAACCUGCAGCAAUGGGCAUCAAACUGUACUACACCACUGUUACAGCCUCACGGACGGUGAAAUCUCAACAGGCUGAGGUGAUUCGAGUCCUCGACAGUAAAAGCAUCGAGUAUGAGCUCAUCGACAUCGCUUUGGGCGGGGAGCUUCGUGAUGAGAUGAGAAGCAAAGCAGGAGACCCCUCAGCAGUCCCACCUCAGCUUUUCAAUGAAGACCAGUACUGUGGGAACUACGAGAUGUUUUCUGAGGCGGUGGAGGCCGAUACAGUGGAACAAUUUCUGAAAAUGGCAUGAGGAGGGCACAAUGUCAUUCAACAUCUUAACCACAUCCCCCACCCACCCACCUAUUACCCUCAUGAAGGCCCUUUCUCCAGUUUCUCUGCACCACUAGCAGUGUCCACUCUAUUUCAAUGCCAUAAUGAAGAAUGCCAAAUAUCUUGUAUCAAACCAAUCAGAAGACACACAUUCCCCUUACUGCACCAUUAGGCUCUAAUUUAGUCUUAAUUUGUAAAAUUUUAUGUUUUGUGUGUUUUUUUCCUCUCCUUUUACUUUCAUCCAGACCUUUCCCUGUCUGACAGUCUAGUCCAGUAGGAUUUAAUGGGGUGUCUAAAUUGUGCUGUAAUUAGGUCGACUAAUCUUGGCUGCAGCCACAUGAUCGCUGGAGAUUAAACUAAUCCAGGGGAUGACAACUUUCAACCCAGAAUCUUCCUGAUCCUCUACAGACCUAACACACCAUCAUCAUCGCUCAGUCUUAACUACUGUGUCGUCUUUUUCUGCCGCCUUCAAGUUCCCAUGUUGAAUAAGACUGCACACUAUUUUACCUCACAUGGAUGCAAAUGUACACAAAAGUAGCAAGGACUGUAUGGUCCUUAAAACUUAAAACUAAGAUUUAAAGCCGCCAAAAAGACUUCUUUCGACUUGGAAACAAAUGAGAUGUUGGUCCAUUGGUCACCUGUACAAUAUAUGAGAAGAAGACUGAAUCUGGAUUAGGAAAGCAACACUUAUGUGUUAAACAUCUGACCUUUUUAUUGCUUAGGCAGAUGCUUAAAAGGCAUAGCAAUUCAACAAAUUCAACCUUUGUUUACUCUUAGUAUUCAUCAGCAAACCAAAUAAGGCUUCCAACAUUGAUGUGUCAAUCGCAAUGAUUUUAAGGUCAAAAAUGAACACAUUAAUGUUCAAAAAUCCUGUUCGUUGCAUGCUAAACUUUUUGCUGUUCCUCUUUUUUCCUUUUCAUUACAUAACAAGUUCCUUUUUUUAUCCUGUAUUCAUGGGUAAUGCCAUAAUCUUUGGUCUACCCUUUAUUCCCUCAUUCCUUUCAAAGUUAAGGUCGGCCUUUAUUCAAACAGGAAGUAAGUUACCCUUUGUAUAACACAGCACAAAAAUAUAAAAUGAAACAAAACACUUCAUGGGGCGGCGGUUUAGCUCAGUUGGUAGAGCAAAAAACAGAGGCUAUAGUCCUCGACGCUCUGGCUGCUGGAGUAGAUUUCUGGUCUUGGUGCUGUUUGGUGUAUGUCUACCCCCACUCUCCCAUUUUCCCCGUCUCUCCUCAGCUGUCUUAUCAGAAUAAAGGCAUAACGCCCCACAAAUAAUCUUAGAAAAAUAAGUUUAAAAAAAUAGUAAUAGUAAUAAAAAAUAGUGGAAUGCGUGAUUAGAAAUAGGCACCCUGGGAUUUUUUGUUUGAAUAAAUGUAAUUAUUUGGCACUCCUAUUUUCAGUUACUUUAUCCAUAGCAAUUUUUUUUACCAUGUUUUUGCUAAUGUCAAUCUACCAAAGGCUCCUUAUAUUCUGUCCAAAUAGAAGCACAUGUUUAUUCAAACAAGUAGUUAAGUACUUUUGGCUUCAGAAGGUUCAAAUUACAAAGCAAACACGUAAGGAACAAGCUUUUUUAAGGAAAUAUGUUGAUUAUCAAUCACUUAUUUAUAUACAAAAUUAAUAAAUUGGUAAAAAGUGCUUUACAUUGUUGAUAUGGCCUUAAGAAAGUCUUUGAAAUGCAAAGAAUGUCAUUUUAAAAAUGAAAUGACUUAUAAUUAACCAUCAAUGUCCAACAGCUAAUUACGAUAAAAAAAUAUAAAUGAUUUUACAGCCUUUAAAACGAAAAGUAUGUUUUUUUUUUUUUAAACGUUAUGAAAUUGUGAUUAGCUUACAUCCUUGUUUCAUAAGUUGUAAUCUUCUCUCUUUAUAAUUCCUUUCAUUACUGGUACAAGGACUGCAUCUUAAUGGUUUACAGAAUUAAAAGAGAAUAUGGACCUAGCUGUAAAAACUGUGCUCCAUACUGCUACUCAAUGAUAAAAUCUUUACAGGGUAAAUAUAUUUUUUAGCUGUGCUGUGUAAAUUUCCAACAAAUUAUUUGAUCGUAAACAGCACACAGUACAAUCGAAAGCAAUAAAAGGCAGGGUUAUAUGGCUUCUUUACCCUAGUGAUUGACAUUUUUAAAUUCCUCCCCUGAUUUUGUCAAAUACCAGAAACAGGUUGAUCUUGUUACCUAUUACUUUCAUUAUCCAAUGUUAUAAAGGUCACCAAUGGACCAAAGGUAUUAAUACGGUUGGGAUACACUUUCUUAAGAGCAUAAUGCAGGAAAGUUUCUGUAUUUUGCUGCUUAUUCUUUGCAUCCAGAAGAGGAGGAUGAACGAUUUCUUAAUGUCUCAUAUGUUGCCAAUCUAUAUCUGUAUUGUGUGUUUGUAGAUGGAGAUUCACUGGAGUUUUAGCACUUUCCUGCUAUACUCUACAUUCCUAAUAAUCUGCAUAACUUGAAAGCUUCCUACUCGGCACCAAUGACAUGACAAAGGACACCAAACAAUUAGAAGCUAGGUUUUUGUGAUGAUUGCAAGCGAUUCAAUGAAGGACUCAUAGCUGUCAAACAUGUAGCUUUUUCUUUAUUUUGUGUCACAGUGUCUCUGAUUGUCCAGGGAAAGAAGAUGCAGUAAUGGGGCUUGUCAGAAACCUUGCCUCAUUCUUAAUGCAUACAUAAAGGUCAAAGCUGGUGUGUUUGGACUGACCUGACUCAGUCUUAUUAGCCUUUGUAAACCACUGACUGCAUGGGAAAAAAUGAAGGCAUCACUUUUUGUGCUUUUACAUAAUGUGCAUUCAUAAGCUGGUUGAUCUUUGUUGAAUAUGCUAUUCAUGUUCUUGGUUACAUAUCUCUCUUUUUUUUUAAAUAAGUGAGAACAACAUGGUAUCCCAGUCUUACUUGUAACAUCCUUAACUCCUCCCAGCCCCCCUGCUUUCAAAUUGUGUUGUUACAGUUUGGGAUGACAGCCUUUACACACAAUGUUUGUGCACUGUUUUGUAAGUCAAUGGUUGUAGAUGUUCGCCUGUUAUUGAUGUAUAUUCACUACCAACCAUGUUUUAGACAUUCCAUGUCUCUCUUUCUGAGCGCCUGCUUUGCUUUUGGACCAAUUCCCCUUGGCCAAAAAAGAAGAAAAUAGGGAAUAAAAUGCUGUUGUCUUCCAAGAAGAUUGUGAAAAGUGAUUUAUGGGUGAAAAAAAUAAAAUGGAGUUGAAUCAA